AUGGCCAUGGCUGACCCUGCCGCCACUGCACCAGCACCAGCACCAGCACCAGCACCUGCCGCCGCUGCCGCUGCCACUGCCACUGCCACCGACACCGGCACCGAGCAGCCGCACCAGCCGCACCAGCCGCACCAGCCGCACCAGCCGCACCAGCCGCACCAGCUGCACCACCAGCAUCACGCUCCCGUCGCCGGCUUCGACUACAACCCCGACCCUGCCCUGGAUCCCGCAAACCAACACACUCAUGCCCACACCCAUCACUCGCCCCGAGUCGACGCCGCCGGCCACGACGACGCCGUCUACACCGUAAACACCACCGCAGAUCCUUCCCUGAUUCCGCACCAGGACCACGCGCACAGUCACAGUCACAGUCCCAGUCACUGCCCGGCCCGCCCCGGCCCCGGCCCCGGCCCCGGCCCCGGCCACGGCGUCGAGAAGCACCAUCCCCUGCACUCGCCCCCCGAGUACAGCGGUCACGAAAAGGUCGAGCACGGCCAUGUCAGCGCUACGCGGGGCUCCAGCUCCACCGACGACGACAAUGACAACUCCUUUUGGAGCAGGAUCAAGCGCCUCUACCGGCGCUAUCGCCCCUUCUCCCACCUCGUCUACUUCCUCUUCUUCACGGGCUGGUGGAUCGCCUCCCUCGUCCUCCACCGCAAUGACAUGAACUGGGUCGUGCCCUUUCUCGUGUGGCUCUGCGUCUCCCUGCGCCUCAUGUUCUACUACGUCCCCGCGAGGCAUCUGUCCUCCGCCAUCCGCUGGCUCUGGGACCGUUCGGCCCUGUUCGUCUACCGCAAGAUUCCCGGCGCCUGGCGCACCCCCCUGGGCGCCGCCGCCGCCCUGGCCGUCAUCCUCGUGGGCACUUUUGCCUCGAGCGAGGCCGCCGACAACACGCGCGCCAACCGCGCCGUCAGCCUCUUUGGCAUGCUCGUCAUGAUUUUCGCCUUCUGGGCCACCAGCGCCCAUCGCAGCCGCGUCAACUGGCGCACCGUCAUUGUCGGCAUGCUGGCCCAGUACAUCAUCGGCCUCUUCGUGCUGCGCACCGGGACCGGCUACGACAUCUUCAGGUUCAUCGCCGACCGAGCCGGCGACCUCUUGGGCUUUGCCGGCCAGGGCGUGGCCUUCCUGACCAGCGACGACAUCCCCGACAAGGUUCACUGGUUCCUCACCGGCGUCAUCCCCGCCAUCAUCUUCUUCAUCUCCCUGGUCCAGGUCCUCUACUACGUCGGCUUCCUCCAGUGGUUCAUCAAGAAGUUUGCCACCUUUGUCUUCUGGGCCCUGGGCGUGUCGGGCGCAGAGGCCGUCGUGGCCGCCGCCACGCCCUUCAUCGGCCAGGGCGAGUCGGCCAUGCUGGUGCGUCCGUUUGUGCCGCACAUGACCAAGGCCGAGAUCCACCAGAUCAUGACGUGCGGCUUCGCCACCAUAUCCGGCUCCGUCCUCGUCGGCUACAUCACGCUCGGCCUCAACGCCGAGGCUCUGGUGUCGUCGUGCAUCAUGUCCAUCCCCGCCUCCCUGGCCAUCUCCAAGCUGCGGUAUCCCGAGACGCAGGAGACGCUGACGGCCGGCCGCGUCGUCAUCCCCGACGACGACGAGCACAAGGCCGAGAACGCCCUCCACGCCUUUGCCAACGGCGCUUGGCUCGGCAUCAAGAUUGGCGCCACCAUCAUUGCCUCGCUGCUCUGCAUCAUUGCCUUUGUGGGGCUGAUCAAUGCCUUGCUGACCUGGUGGGGCCACUAUCUGAACAUCAACCAGCCUACCCUGACCCUGCAGACCAUUCUCGGAUACCUGCUUUUCCCCGUAGCGUGGCUCUUGGGAGUGUCCGAGGACAAGCAUGAAAUCCUCUUGGUUUCGAGACUGAUUGCUCAAAAAGUCAUCACGAACGAAUACAAGGCCUUUGUGCAGCUUACCAAGGACAGCGACUACGCCAACCUGUCGCCUCGCGCCAGACUCAUCGCCACCUACGCCCUCUGCGGCUUCGGCAACAUUGGCUCGCUGGGUAUCCAGAUCGGUAUCCUGGGGCAGCUCGCUCCGUCGCGCGGCGGCGACGUGUCCAGGUUGGCGCUUUCGGCCCUCGUGUCCGGGGUGACGGCCACGUUGACGUCGGCUGCUGUUGCCGGCCUGGUCGUCACGGACCAAAUUGCCCUUUUUACGGCCAAGGCCAGCUCGUAG